UUGGAUGAUAGUUUUUGUUGUACAGCAUUGGAUCUAAACUUUUUGGUGUUCCCUUUCUCUCUUUCUCGCGACAGCACCGCUACCUGCACGAGGUAGAAAAAUCUUCUUCUCUCAUUUAUCUCCACGCGUAUUUCUCUCCAAGCUUCCACUCCAUCUCCAUUUACUCUACUCUUUCAUCAAUACACGAAAAAGACAACCAAACCCUAAAUUCAUCUCCUUCUCUCCCCUUAGUAAUAACGCCGUCGUAAGAAGCUAACACCGCCGUCGUAAGGAGCUAACACCGCCGCGCCCAGCUCUCCAUCUCUUUAUCUCCCUUUCUCCUCUACUUGAUGGCUGGAGUAUUAGGAUAUAGGAGCCUAGCGCCCAAGACAAAGAAUUUCAUAGUUGCUGGGGGUUUGACAACCUUUGUCUUUGGGGCAUACUUCUACACCAUGAGAGCUGUUGGAGGUACCGAUGAACUACAGGUAGCAAUAGAUAAGUUUGAAGCAGACAAGAGCACUAAAGAGGGUGAUGCAAGCAUACCAACAAAAGUCUAAAGCUGGUUGCAUACAGAACCAAAAUAAUACUUUAGUUGUAUUCAUUGUUCUGGUUUGGGGUCAACGCUCUUAUCUCCCUUUAGCAUGAGAAUAUUUUAAAAAUGUUUUUGAAUCUUGUAUUUAAUAAAUUUUAACCAGCUUUGUGUACAAUAACCCAGUGCUAGGAAAACUGUAGGCGAGAUAUUUUUCAUUGAUAUUGAGAUAUUUUUAAUGAUAACACUAAGUCUAGAUUGAUAAAGAAAAAUAAUUCAUACUACAUGGGGAGAAUGUUUAGGUAAAGUAUCACUAUUGUUUGUUUAAACUAGAAAUUACGGGCAUAAACCAACAUUGCCCUAUGAGUGAGGUAUCAUUAUAGGUUGUCACCCGUGAAGGAGAAUAUAACUUACCUUGCAGUUUUGGUUUACGACGGCUUUGGGCUAUAAGGCACACAGGAAGGUGAAAUAUAGGCAAAUUUUAGAUAAAUUUAAUCACAUAAUAACUAUUGAGUGGUGUUGAAAAUAACAGGGGGAGGGGACCUUUAAAUAUUUCACUCGACAAAAAGACAACAAAUAUUAAUUUAUAAUAGUAUUAUUUUCUUAGAUUUUGUUUUGUUUUUGUUUUUUUUUAUAUAAUUAUUUUGAUUUUGAUUUCAACAUAACACGAUAAUGUAUUUUUUUGUUAAAAAAGGGAGGUAAAGGAAAAAGGGGAAACCAAAAGCAAAGAACAAAAUCAACACUUCUGACAUUCGUUAUAAGAUUAUCAUAACUUUUCUGACCCUUUGUCCAAAUGAUCAGUGGAAAAGCUACUUAAUGGCCGAGAUCAAGUUACCAAACUUGUAAUGAACAUUUAUCUUGCCAUGACAAUAUAAAGGAAAAUGCUUAUGUAGUGUUGCUUAGGUACUGUUUUCUGGUUCUACUUAAAUAUAUAAGAAAAAAUUGUCAAAAAUUCACAUCUUAAAAUAGGAUGAACGAUAAUAUUUGAGUUGUGUGAGGAAUCAAAUAAAAUCAUAGUAUGCAAGUCUUGUCCUAACAUAAAUAAAGUAGUCUAUAACAUAAAAAAACACAGAUGCAUAAUUUGAAGAGCCCAGAUUAAGAGUUUUUUUUUUUCUUUCCAUUUUAUAAAAAAUCACAUAUGUUUUUAGAAGCAUAUUUCUAGAUGGAACAGAAGUAUUUUUCAGAUGGUAUAAAAGCCAUAUUUGUUUUUAGAUAUGCACUUCCAAGAUGAUUUUAGGUGUGAGCAAUUAAAACUAGGUUUUAGGCCCAGUUCUAUAAAGCCCGCUGCCCAAUUUGAACCGGCCCGAUGUGAGUCGGUUAGUCCAGUUUGCCACCUGUACGCGGGACACCUUCUCUUCUCCUCCAUAGGUCGCUGCGGCCGUUCACACAUCUCACCUCUCGGAGCCACCGCCUCUUCCGCAACACCGUCCACCAAAUACACGUCGUUGAACAGUCCCCUUCCUUCCUCCUUCCUACUUCCUACUUUUGAACCAUGGAACAAAAGGUGUGGGGAUGUUCUUCAAAUGAGGACAGUGGUGAAGAUGAUGACGACGUCUUUUUGCAAAAUGAAAGUGAUGAUGAACAGUUUCACUUUUCACCUGCUUCCUUGCCCAAGUUGCAGUUCAGGAACACAAAAUCCAAAGGCAGAUGGAAUGAAGAGAUGGGAAUGGCAGAAGUGUUUGAGAAGAAUGGCAAAAUGUGGGUAACUACUGGAAUAGUCCGAAAGGGAAAGACUUAUACUUCCAUUGAGGAAACAUUGUAUCUUAUGGAACUAGGAGCCUUAGAUCUAUUAGAUAAUGGUGAUAGAAGUAUAUCACUAAUAGAAAUGUAUGAAAAAGUUGCUGGUGAGAAGAGUGGAUGUUGUUGGGAGCUUUUUGAGGCUUACAGACACCUCAAGUCUCUUGGCUACAUAAUUGGCCGUCAUGGUGUUGCUUGGAGUUUGAAGAGUAUUAGAAGUUCCCUUAAAUCUACUGCUUCUGAAGGAACAGAAGAUAGCAAACAGUUUGUAGACAUGGUUUCGAAUGUCGAGCUUUCCAUCAAUAAGUUAUUUAGUGACCUGAAGAUUAAUGAUUUGAAUCCAGAUUUUGAUGUUUAUCUUCCAAACAACAGGUUUAGAAAAUCUUCUCCUGGCGAUCCAGAUUUUCUGCUGUACUUGUCUAGGGGCCAUCUUCCAUCUAGAGCAGAAAUUGAAGCUCUUGAGAGACAAUGUGGUCGUAUUCCAUUGAAAAUAUGCCUGGUCACUGAAGGAAAGGUCAGUUUCUUUUCCUUUGACAAGGUUGAACUUCCUGUGCUACCCUGAUCUUUUGGUACCAAUCCCGCAUUUCCACUGUGACUGACAUGGAAAGGAAGCUCAUUACAAAAGAUUGUACAAUCCAAUUAUGGGCAAGAAAGCUUCCAAAGUUGUUGUGGUUAACCUUGUAUUGCAAAUGGACUCAGUGAUCAUAAAGGGCACUUGAAAAUACAAUUACUGCAGAUGUUGUUCAAUCUAUUUCUGUAAUUUGUGUGCUAAUUUCAUAGUUUGAUCUUCUUCCUAAACAGUUGAUCAAUCAGGAUUCUUAAUGUGAUUUUGUGUGUUUGAUUUUACUUAGACACCAAAUUUUGGCUUUUUCUAAAAUUGUGUAUAACAUCACAUUUAGUCAUUAAAGUAUCAUUUUUAGGUGAAGCAUAUUUUUCA